CUUCUUCAACUCUCCAAUCAGUUGACCAUCCAGCGAUCACCUGGAUUAAUCUUAGCACAAUUGCACCCUUUGGUCUCUCAACUAGAUAAGGCUCCUUCCUAUCGUGUAAAAAUCAAUUAUUGACCCCAGAACAACCUUAUUUACGCAUGUUGACUUCUAGUAACCAGAGUCCAAUUCACUACCUAGAUAUCAACUACGGUAUCGGAAUAAACUUUUAGAUAACCGUUCCCUGUCACGCCAUCAUCGACUUGUACCACCACAUCGUAUCACGAUAGCUAUGGUCACAAUGGCGUCUUAGCCUACCUACUGUAGAAGCAUGCAGGCUGCCAUUAACAUCGAAGCUCAAGCCUUGAGGCUCAAGAAGACUGAUUCUUUCCAAACUGUCCAGAAACACCAAGACAUUGGCACAGCUUAUCAAAGAACUGUUUUGCAAAUCCAAUAACGAACCGCUGCAAAGCCCAAAUGUCUCUCCACAAACGGGGUUUCAGCGGCGAGAAGGAGGUCGCACCCGAGGACGGCUCCGCCAAUACGGAGAAGAAUCCAGGAAGCAAAAUAGAAGCCACCACCAACGCCCAAUCUGAUCCCGAAAAAUCGUCACCAAUUGUUGCAAUUGAUACUAAGGAUGAUCCUCAAUCAGGCUCAAACUCAGAAACAGAUUUCGCUGACGAUGACCCGGCAUUGCGAGAUAUUCCAUGGCACGUAAGGAGGGGUGUUAGUUUCGUUGACGAUCCUACUGAACCAACACUUACCUUUCGCUACUUCAUCUUGUCAUUUCUGUUCAUUCUCCCAGGCGCUUUCUUGUCUCAAAUGAGUAAAGAACCCCCCAAAAAGUACACUAGAACAAGAAUAUCUACUGAACCAUUGUUGCAGGCUCAUUCCGAACAACUUAUGCUCCAUAUUCGGUUUUCUUCGUUCAAAUUGCCUCGAACUACGUUGGAAUUUGGUUGGCAAAGGUUCUCCCAGCCAGACACGUCCGUGUUUCUUUCACUCGCCAUGGAUUCAAUCUCAAUCCUGGCCCAUGGAACUCCAAGGAGCAUGUUUUGGUCACCAUUUCUGCAGCUUCGGGUAAGUACAUUUCUCGGACGUUGUUUUUACUUUGCUAAUUAUGAUAGGUGCUACUUACAAUCUCGCUUAUGCCCCUAUCUCAUUGGCUGAAUUGUACUUUGACGAUAUCAUCCAUCCUGCUAUUGCAAUCUUCUUCAUGUGGUCCGUUGUUUAUACUGGAUACUCAUUUGCUGCACUAGCAAGACAGUUCUUACUUUACGAUCCACAGUAUCCUUGGUUUCAAGCGUAAGAGAUGUUCAGCACCCAUAUUUUCAAUGCUGAUUAACAUUAAAUCAGACUCUGUCAAGCAACCCUUUUCGAAACCCAAAAGAAAAAUCGCGAAAGUCCUUCCUCGAUUUCUCGAAAACAGAUGCGAGUAUUCUUCGGCGUCCUCCUUGGGAUCACGUUGUGGCAAUUUCUUCCUGAAUUCAUUUUUCCUAUGCUAGGAAGCCUCGCAUUUCUCUGCUGGGUUGCGCCUCGAAAUCCCGUAGCCAAUUUUGUAGGUUCCGGAUUUGGGGGAAUGGCGGUGCUCAACUUGAGCUUGGAUUGGUCAAGUUUGAGCAAUCUGAGUAACAGUAACAGUUUGUUUGUGACCCCUUGGUGGACACAAGUAAUCAUUUUUACUGCAUUCGUGGUGCGUAAUCUUUUAUGGGGCUACUGUUGCUACUUCGACUAAUAUCAUACAGGUGAACUGCUGGAUUCUUCUGCCAGCCGCAAAAUGGGGAAGUUUGGGAAGCUGGAAAUUACAUUUGAUGUCCAAUCGUGUCUUUACAGGUUUUUCCCUCCCCGCUUCUCAAAGUGCUUGCACUAAUCAUCCCCCAGAAUCUGGCGAUCCCUACCCAAUCAAGAAACUCAUUACACCGUCAGCUGGCUUCAAUGAAACUGCAUUUGCCGAAUAUGGGCCACUCUAUGUAGGUACUCAGCAGUUAUGGAACAUGUUCUUUGAUUACGCAGCAUACACAUCAGCUUUAUCUUGGAUUUUGUUCUUUGGCUUUUCUCAAAUCAAAGGCACUAUUCAGAAAUUGAACCAGCGUAGAAAAAACUCAGUCAAAGGAGAGACGAUCAAUCAUCAAUACACCGAUCAACUAAACAUCCUGCAAAGAAGUUACAAAGAAGUCCCAUGGUGGUGGUCUCUUAUCCUUUUCCUCGUAACCUUCGUGGUAAUCAUCACUAUCUUGGGCACGGGCAAUCUCUUCAUUCCAAUAUGGACCUAUUUCAUUGCUCUUGCGACGGGGGUGAUGGUCGUCAUACCACUUGGUUGGCUUUAUGCGCUUUCAAACUUCCAACUUCCAAUUGGAACUUUCAACGAGUUGAUUUACGGGGUCAUGGUCAAUGCAGUCCCGGGACAUAAAAACCCCGUGGGUGCCACGAUAUACUCCUCUAUCGCGGGAGAUGCCUGGUAUAGAGCUCAGCUUAUGCUGCAAGACCAAAAGAUUGGCCAUUACAUGCACAUACCACCUCGUUCGGUCUUCUUCUCGCAAAUGUUUGGCUGUAAGUACCACUUCAGGCCACACACAAAGGCUCCAACUAAUUUGACCUAAGGUUUCAUUGGUGUCCCAAUCAACUAUGGUGUGAUACGUUGGGUCCUGGGUGCCAAAAAACAAUAUCUAAAUGGCUCGGAGACUGAUCCUACUCACCAGGUAAAUCAGGCGUUGUCCUAAGCUUUCGUAAAAUAGAUGACUGACUCUCAGAAGUGGACAGGACAAGGUCUUGCCAAUACUUUGACUACGAGCGUACAGUACGUACUGGUGGUAAGUGGCCGAAAACAUCCACAUUUUUCGACUAAAACCUAACCGUAUAUCAGGGACCCCAACGCCUAUUCCAGCAUCCAAUGUACGCACCCCUCCCCUAUGGUUUUCUUGUAGGAGCCAUUGCCCCCGCAAUACUCUACGCUCUACACCGGGCCUUUCCACGAGCAAAAAUCCAUCUUUUCAACACCACAAUCUUCUUCUCCGGUCUCUCUAACUUCUAUGGCAACAUCUCGACUGGUUACUCAUCAUCGAUCAUCGGCGGAUUUGUUGUCAUGUAUUGGGCUUUUCGUUAUAGAUACGAUUUGUGGGCAAGAUAUAACUACAUUCUUGCUGCUGCUUUUGAUGCAGGGUUUAAUCUCAAUAUGUUGUUGAUCUUUCUGUUCUUCGGGGCAGGAAAGAUCAUCAAAGCUCCUUAUUGGUGGGGCAAUAAUGAGGAUAGCACAGAUAGAUGCUUUGCACUGGAGUGAAUGCCUAGAAUCAGAUUCGGAUGGGGUAUGAGUGGAAGGUAUGGGCUGUACUUACGUUGCAUUUUUCACAUAGAGCAAGUCAGGUAAGAAUCCUCCAAUGG